CGUGUGGUUUGUGAAGACGUUCUUGGGCAGGCAGGACCUGCACUGUCACCCGCCCUGUAAGCAAUGGUACAUAGACAGGCGAAAAAACACCGAUUUCUUCAUCAUGGCUUCAUUAUUGGAACGGUUGGUUUUCCUGCAAAAAACAGAAUUGCCUCUUUUUUUGUGUCUCAGGUGCCAAUACUUAUGAGAGCAACAUCAGAUGACGAAUCGCCCUGUCCCGGCUAUCUCUUUGAGGAAAUCGGUAAAAUUUCCCAUGAGUCGGUGGGCUGUUGCCAGUGUCUUCUUGAGUACCUCUUGGAGAGACUACAGGUGGAGUCCUGCCACGUCAAACUUAAGGUCUUAAAGAUUCUCCUGCAUUUAUGUGGCCAUGGACCACCUCACUUCCUCACAGAGCUACGACGGAAUGCUACAUUUAUACAAGAAGUAAUUGUGUACAGUGGUCCCCCAGACCCCAUCCAUGGAAAUGCUCUCUUUCAGAAAGUCAGAAGCUCAGCUGAGGACUUGGCUACCCUGCUCUUUAAUGAUACCAUGUCCCUAGAUUCUGGAGUGUCUCCGCACAAAACAGUGACGCAAUCCGUGGGAAUGGGCUCAGAGCUGCUCAGGUCUGGCAUGCAGGGGUUCGGAUACAGCCCAGGAAGGAAAGAAUCCAGUGGAGGGACUCUGUUGGACAAGAUUCAGAAAGCUGCAGAAGUGGUUGCCAGCGCUGUCCUUCCUCCAACGGAGCACCCUGGCAUUCGUCUCCAUGACAACCACUACCACGCUGUGGUGGCGCCCUCUGCAACUGUGGAGAUGGCAGUGCCAGCAUGUGCCUACAACAUCCAAUCCCACGGCCACAGAGCAUCUCACAGGUGCCCAGGGCGGGCUGCUGGAGGCUGGGAGGAAACGGACAGCGGGCACAGCUCCUCCCACAACUCAUCCCAGGAGACUGCAGAGGCCAGCCAGACCUCACUGGGAGGAAGCAUUAAGUCGGGCGGCUCGGGCAGCCACUCUGGGGCUAGUCGGGAGAGCGGUGACCUUUCAGAGCGUGUGGAGGCUAUUCAGUUGGGGGACUGUGGCCAGGAGACGGCCCUUAUCAACCGACUGACCAGCGGUUCCAAAGUCUUCCUGUCCAGAGAGGAGAGCCAGCAUUUUAUCAAAGAAUGCUCCACUCUCAACUGCGAGGUGGUUGUUGAACUUCUAUCUCGCAAACUCCAGGACCACGCACAAAUCGUCCAGAUGAGGGCAUUGUGUGCUCUGGCCUGCCUGAUGUCUUCAGAUUUCCUCUGUUUAGAUCAUAUUUUCAAUAUUACAAACAAACGCCUUGCUCAACUUAGCGAAGAAACCUCAGGCCCUGUCGCCAACAAGGCAACCAAGCUCUUAAGGCAGUUUGAGGCCUUGCUUGGUUGUGUAACAAAUUCCAAAUGUGACCGUUCUGGACGUCCAACCUCUGCCAGCUCUUCGCUUUCAGAUCAGCCUCCUGCAUCUAUAAUCGUCCCCUUUGUUCCGGGACAGCUGAGAGAAAAGGCAGCGUCUGUUAUCCCAUCAGAGGAGACCUCGCGUACACAACACCUACAGGGUAACGGCACUGCACCUGUGUCUCAUAUGAAAAGAGAACAAGAAGAGGGGGAGUACAGGAGUACAGAAAAGAUCUCAGAGCCACCCAGACUCUCACUCUUCAGUGGAAUGGAGUUAGUCAACAGGAGCAAGCCUGUAUGUUUGGUCGAGCCUGUUCCGGUCGAGUCAGACGCCCAGAUAAGUGUAGAAGCCACUUCAGGCACAGACUGUGCAAUUGAGAAAAGCUGUGAGAGAACUGCAGGCUCACACACAUCUAGUGAGCAACUCUCUGCCUUCUCCUUCCUCAAUCUCUGAUGCCAACAUUCAUUUACGCUUCGUUAUGUGCUGAUUUUGGGGAAAAUUGCUAAAUCAUAAUCUAAUAAUGAUAUUAUAAUUGCUGCAAGUGACCACGUUUACAUGCACAUGAAAAUUCUUGGUCUUUCCAUGACCUGAUUAAAGCAAUAUUAUGACUUAUGCAUGUAUUAAUCAUAAUGUUGAGUCACGUAAACACCUUAUUAGGAAGAUCAACUGUUUGUUGUAUGUAGUUAUGAGUGAACAAUGUUCAAGCAAAUAGGAAAGAUUUAUUUUUUUUAAACAAACAUUAAAAUGUCAUGACUUACACUAAUGUAUAAAUGUUUGGGAUGAGUUAGAUUUUUAUUUAUUAUUUAUUUUUGUUAAAAAAAAAGAGAACAAAUAAGCAGUUAAUUCACAGAGGAUGCAUUAAACUGAUCAAAAAUAACAGUAAAGAUUUGUAUUUCUAAUUAAAGCGGUUAUUUUAAACCCUCUAUUUAUCAAAGAGUCUUUAAAAAAAUGUAUGAAAGUGCACAAAAAUAUUAAGCAGCACAACUGUUUUUAUGGCAGUUAUGGCUGCCGAAUUCAGAUUUAUUCAGAUUUGCCAUCACAGGAAUAAAUUACAUUUUAAAAUAUAUUAAAAUAGAAAAUGGGUUAUUUUACAUUUCUAUAAUAUUUUUUUCUUUAAAUAAAUGAAGCCUUGGUGAGCAUAAGAGUGAUUCAAAAACCCCAAAAAUCUUACCAAACCCUUCGAAAGGUAUUAUGAAUUUUUCGUGUCAUUGUGCUAUGAAUAUUUGUCAUUACUAUUCAUCAUUUCAAAAAUCUCCAGUAUUUCCAUCAGGGAAUGCAGAAAAAAACAUGCAUGUCUUAGUUUAUAUGCUGAUUACAGGAAUAUUCCAGUUGCUGUGAGGAAGUUUUUUUUUUUUUUUUUUGUCGGAAAUGAUUUUGCAUGUAAAUGUGGUCACAAUCUUAACCGGUAAUUAUGAAGGUAACAUCCACCUGCAAUGGCAAACAUACUCUUACUGUCUUAAUGCUGCUAGUGGUUCACAAUAAGAGUUCAAGCUGGGAACAAGUCAAGUCUCGACGAUCAGUAACGGUACGUCUCUUCAGCUCCUUCUGAAUUCAUUAAGAUACAUUUGAGAAAACUCAGGAUGCUUUUCUGUUGUGGUGUUAAACACGAGUGUUACUGCAAUGGUUGCUACUAUUUGCACUACAGUCUUUCCUCUUACUAAAAGCACUUACGUCUUCCUGUGUGUAUUAUAAAAUAAGAACAAACAUUAACACAUUGAGUUUGAUCAAAAAACGUCCCACCGAACAAAUGUAUACCUUUUGUGCAAAUAUAUAAAGAACCGUCUUGGGUGAAAGUGUAUUUAAAUGUAUAAAACAUUAUAAAAAAGCAGGCCUGAGUAAGAAAAAUGUCCAUUCGGAGCCUGGAACAGAAGUAAACGAAAUGAAUACGUAUAUUAAAAAACUUUAUUUUUAUUUACACCAGCGGAACAAUUCAUAAAAUAACAAUGAUUUCAAAUAUUGUAUAUAUGCUAGCUAUAUAUUAUGUACAAUCCUACAUACAAAACAAUGUUGACCGCAGGGACGGUUUUCAUCAUCAAAAGCUAAUAGUCUUUCACGCGAAGCACAGUGCCUGGGUUGUACAGUAUUGUGCACCGAGUAUUUUAAAGUACACAAGAUCACUCGCUUGAAAUGAUGUAACUGUCCUCAUACAAUCUGUUUGGACUAAGCUUUAAAAUUUCGUUAAGGAUGUACGUCUAAAAUGGACCGAACUGUACUAAAUUAAGGAGCACUACAAUUCCUGUUUGGGUUAACAUUGUGAAAUGAAUUAAACCAUCAUGUAUAUUUGACGAACACA